UGCAGGAGGGGAGGGAGGCUGUGCGUCCGUGUUUACAUCGGAGCGGAGCGGUGACGAGCAGCAGCAGCAGUAGCCUCGGCCUGGGGCUCCAUGCGCGGUUCCUUCUGCUCUCCAGCCUAAAGCGACAAAAAGACAGCCCAAACGGCCCUACCCCGCAGCCUGGUAGCGGAGGAGCGAGGAGGAGGAGGAGGCGCGACGACACGGCAGCUGCAGCCACUUCUACUAUUACAUUGCGGGCGGGCGCCAUGGACGAGCUGGCGGUGGAAGUCCGGGGGGCGAGUGGGGCUUUCUACAAGGCUCUUGUAAAGGAUGUGCAUGAAAGUACGGUCACAGUAUCUUUUGAGAACAACUGGCAGCCAGAACGACAGAUUCCUUUUCAAGAUGUCCGCUUUCCACCCCCUGUCGGCGCUCAGAAGGAGAUCACUGAAAGCGAUGAAGUUGAGGUGUACUCCAGGGCCAAUGACAAGGAACCAUGUGGGUGGUGGCUAGCCAAAGUGCGCAUGGUGAAAGGAGAGUUUUAUGUUAUAGAGUAUGCAGCCUGUGAUGCCACGCUCAACGAGAUCGUCACAUUAGAGAGGCUACGACCUGUGAACCCCAACAAAGCAGCCGCAAAAAACACUUUCCUGAAAAUCAGAUUGGAUGUCCCAGAAGACCUGCGGCAGAUGUGUGCAAAGGAUUCAGCUCAUAAAGACUUCAAAAAAGCUAUCGGAGCUUUCAACGUCACGUAUGACUCGGAGAAAAAACAGCUGGUUAUUUUGUCGGUCAAUGAGGUGACAACCAAACGAGCGAACAUGCUGACGGACAUGCACUUCAGAAGCCUGCGCACCAAGCUGGCACUCAUCCUGCGGAACGAAGAGGCCAGCCGACAGUUGGAGAGCUCUCGGCAGUUAGCCUCCAGGUUCCAUGAGCAGUUUGUGGUACGUGAUGACUUGAUGGGGCUGGCCAUAGGCACGCAUGGAGCAAACAUCCAGCAAGCGCGCAAGGUCCCUGGAGUCACCAACAUAGACCUGGAUGAAGAGACUUGCACCUUCCACAUCUACGGAGAGGACCAGGAGGCUGUGCGGAAAGCCAGGAGCUACCUGGAGUUUUCUGAAGAUAUUAUCAAAGUGCCCAGGAAUUUAGUAGGAAAAGUCAUCGGAAAGAGCGGGAAGCUGAUUCAGGAGGUCGUGGAUAAAUCUGGUGUCGUCAGAGUAAGAGUUGAACCAGAAAACGACAAAAAGUCUCCAUUGGAGGAGGGCAUGGUGCCAUUUGUGUUUGUUGGGACAAAAGAGAGCAUUUCAAACGCUCGCAUACUGCUUGACUACCAUCUCAACUAUUUGAAGGAGGUGGACCAGUUGCGGAUGGAGAGGCUGCAGAUUGACGAACAACUGAGGCAGAUUGGCGGAGGGCCCAGAGCUCCCCCAGGCAGACCAGAGAAGGAAAAGCCCUUCAGUGCUGAUAACGGCAUGGGGCCUUCACGAGGUGGCAAACCCUUCGGCCGGGGGGGCAGAGGAAGACGAGGCCCUACCUUUGCCUCGGGUACCAACUCUGAAGCCUCUAAUGCAUCCGAGACGGAAUCUGACCACAGAGACGAGCUGAGUGACUGGUCCCUGGCGCCCACAGACGAAGAAUCUAUGGGUUACCCUAAACGGAUCCCAGAUGGGCGCAAGCGGGGUGGAGGGGCCAGGGGUCGAGGAGGACGAGGCAGAGGAGGAGGGGGAUAUAAAACUGAGGAAAUGCACUGGAGCGAGUCCCGCUCCCGUAACUCCAGAGACUCCAAGCCAAGGCCACAGGAGGAUUCCCUACAGAUUCGCGUCGACAGCAAUAACGAAAGGAGCGUCCACGCCAGCCGAGGGCCUCAGGGACCCACAGGAGACGCCGGCGCCCCCCGACAGCGACCCGUCAAAGAGCGAGGGCUGAAAAAAGAGAAGCAGGAAGGCUCAGACAGCCAAGUGGUGGUGAACGGGGUGUCGUAAAUAGAGGCAGCCCACUCCCCAAUUCAGUCUCCACUACACUCCACCAAUCCAGAAGCUUCUUCAUUAGAGACACAUUAGGCCAAAGACAACCAGGUCAGUAGGGCUGUCGCAAGACAUGACAUCAAGCACAUUUUGUAAUUGCUAAAUGGGGGUAGUAGACAAAGGUCUCUGGUGAAUGACGUCUUGCAUUUUGUAGUCUACAUUGCUUAGAGAAGCCGGUCUCUAAAUCACAACAGAAGCUACAGGUUUUGUAAUUGACUCUCUAGGUAACUACCUAUGAAACUAACUGAAGCUGUGGGUGAAACGUAUUUCAAAAAAAAAAAAAAGUGUGUUAUUUUUUUUUAGUUUUGUUUUUUUUUAUAAUUUUGGUUCAUAACCUAAAGGGCAGAAGAGCCAUUAGAGGAUGAAUUCAGAUGUUUGGCGUUAGUUUCAGUGCCACCUCUCAUGGCAUAUAGUUUUUGUUUGUUUGGUUGGGUUGUCCCCCCCACCCCCAUCCCCACUUUGGUGUCCUAGAGCCCUUUCUGAUGUGAGGUCCCAGCCACAUCACUCGCAAAAAAAAAGAAAAAUAAAGAAAAGUAAAAACAAACAAAAAAAAAUCAAAGGAAAACAAAGUAGACCUACAAACGCUCCUAUAUGAUCUGUGCCUUUAACUAGUGUGGAUAGUUUCAGAAUUUGGAUGUUUAAAUCAGGGAAGAAGACAUGAACAACACUUACCCAACCAAUGUUUGUGUUGCAAUUUCAGCCAGCCACUGAAAGAAAAAAAAAAACAAAAAAAACAAGAAAAACAACGAGAAAGAAAGAAUGACCUUUUGUGGUGCAUGUACAGUAUUUCAUAACCAUCAUUUUUGUACAUCUAAAAACGCAGGACUUCAUCAAAGCCUCAGUCAGUUUGUCUUACCGUGGCUGAGUUUUGAAUUUUGACUAGGGAAAAGAGGUUCUCCUGACCGCGUCAUUGGAGACUGCAUGGACGUGAUCUAUUGUAGUCAACCACUUAACGACGUGAUAUAUGGACAUAUUUUCAACCACUUAAGUUGUGACUUUUUAUUUUCUAAUUUAAUUAGACAUUAUAGGGUUUUUUGUGAAGUAAGCAUCCACUUCAACUGUAGUGGUCAGUUUUUUUUUUUUCCUUUGUUUUCCCCUCAAAAACUAUUAACAUUUCUUUAGCUGACUGUUUCUAUAGACUUCCCAGUAUGUACCAUCCAAACAUUACAAAUGCUUAAUCUUCCUCUGUCAGACAGGGUGUACAUGACCUUUUUUAACCCCAUACUGGCUACAGUAUACUGCCAUUUGUCCUGCUGUAUUUCUUUUUCAGUGUCAUGUUCAGGUGUGAAGCACCGAUAUGGAAUCUCUCUGUAACCGUGUCACUGUCCUUAACAAUGGAUCAUGCUAGAAUUCAAGCGUUUAGCAGCGGGUUGCAUACUGUAUAUUAUAUCAUUCGUUAAGAGAUUGUUGCUGUUCUUUUGGAUUGAAACUUUAAAUGUGCACUUAUCAUGUUUGUGUUAACUCUGCAAGUACUUAAUCUAUUAAACUCUAAUAAACUAGAAUGUGAUAAGACUUCUCAGCAGGUGAAUCACAUGUAUGCUGUCAACAUAAUGAACUGAAGUUUAGGUAUCUUUGCUAAUUUUGAGUCUACUGUACUUUUUUGCAGCUCAGCUCGCUUAGGGAGGGGGAUAGAAGGGAGACGUGCCGUUUAAGUUUGCUAAUGAAACCGUUUGUCUUAUCUGAGCAGUGCUUGUGCAUUACCUUUUAGUUUACAUUUCGAGAAGAUGUGAUGCUGUUCUGAACCCACGGGCGCUUUUUCUUUUUCAUUUUGGAAACCUACUAUGACAGUAACCCCCGGUAGUUCUUUCUGCGUUCUUUUCUUUUACUGUACAGCUAGUAACCGUUCUUUUACAGCUGGUUAGAUCGUUUUUUUUUGUUUGUUUGUUUGUUUUUGUUUGUUUUUUGUUUUUUUUUCCCUCCGUUGCUGUACGCUUGCUAAAUUCUCUUUGGCGAAAAGGAAAAAAGUAAUCAGCCCUACUUGUUGCAGCUUAAACCACAGUCUCAGUGAUUUGCCUGGAUCAAUAUCCUAUGAAAAUGAAAGGAGUACGCCAGGGUUUUUCACCUAAAUCUGUCUGCUGCAUUAGUAGCGUAUGGUGUAUUAGCACGGGCAGUGAUUGUGACACGAUUCCCGGUAUUUAGUAAGAGGACGGAUAAUUUGUUUACUUGAAAUGCACUUAAUAAUAAUAAUAACAAUAGAAAACAAUGGACAGGUGCUGAUGCAAGUGCCCUAUUGGCUUCUUUUAUAAAUGUGAUUUCUUCUAUUAGUACCAGGAAACACGUCAGAAUUGCCACUGUCUGUAGUGCUACCGAUGUAGGAGGUUGAAAAAUGCUAGAGUACUCCAUUAAUAUUGAAGAGAAUUGAAAACUAGACUUGUGUUGCUAUAGGAAAGGAGGUGAAAACCCGUUUCCAUCUUUGUGACUGAACGCCAGGUUUGCAAGACAAAUAAAAACUUCUAAAAACGUACAAAUACAGACAGAACCAAGCUGUCAAAGUUUGUUCCAGGCAGCGAAUUUACUAAGACAAAACAAAAAAAGGAGUGAGGUGGAAAGUUGUAUGGUUCUCUUUCCACUGAGCUGGUCAGGCGUAUCAGCCUGUCACCUCAUGCAACUCCUAAACUAAGACUAACACGACCGUUAAAUGGUUUACUCUCAGUGUUUUCGCAGCCGGCUAACCUGAGGCAGGCUGGAGGCUGACGAGAUUCACGACAGUCUGUUGUCGGAAAAGAAAAACCAUUUUCCACGUCUCGCAAGCGUUGCCAAACAGACUGUUUUCUAGCUAUUUAUUUUUCGGAGCGUGUACGAAUUUACAGGACGACGAAAUUGUAAAAAACCAUCAUCUUGCGCACAUCGUAAGCUGUCGUGGUCGAUUAAAAAAAAGACAAAAUUGAACAGAAGAAAGAAAAAAACUUGGAAAAACUGUAGAUAUUGAACCAAGGUAGACUAACCUUGUAUGUUACUGCACUUUGGGUAAUAAUUUCUUUGUACAUAAUAGCGGAACAGACUGGGUUUUAUGUUGACAUUGUUUGGUUAUAGUGCAAUAUAUUUUGUAUGCAAGCAGUUUCAAUAAAUAAAGGUUGAUCUUCCUCUGC